AUGACUGUUUCUUUCACUGUGGGCGUUUUGGCCCUUCAGGGGGCCUUUGCUGAGCAUUUGGCCCACUUGGCUCGUGCUGCUGCUGAAUCUACAACCCUCCAGAAACACAACUUCACGUUUGUUCCGGUUAGAACCGUCGAGGAGCUUUCCAAGUGUGACUCUUUGGUGAUCCCAGGUGGAGAGUCUACUGCCAUGUCUUUGAUCGCUGAACGUACGCAGAUGCUCGAGCCACUUCGGCAGUUUGCUGCUUCUAAGCCUGUUUGGGGUACUUGUGCUGGACUCAUCUUCAUGGCUUCUUCCAUCACCAAUGCUAAACCACACCAGCAUGCUUUGGGUGGCCUUGCAGUCCAGGUUGCUCGUAACGCUUUUGGCAGACAACUCGACUCGUUUCUGUGUCCUAGCGAUUUCAGUGCUUUCGCUCCUGACCUUAAAUCAUUCAACACAGUCUUCAUUCGUGCUCCUGUGGUUUCAGCUGUGGAGACAUCUAAAGGCCAAUGGAAGGAAGUUGGCCCUGAACUCGACCAUAAGGCCAACUUGGAAGCUGCUGUCGUUGUUGAUGCUAAAUGCACCAACGAUGCUCCAGUUGAGAUCUUGCAUGAAUUGGAGAAUGGUUUAGUCGUGGCCGUUCGUCAAGGCAAGCACUUGGGUACCUCUUUCCACCCUGAACUUGCCAAUGAUGCCCUGUUCCAUGCCUGGUUCUUGGAAGAGUUUGUGGUGAACCACUACGCUCAGUGA